ACCAUACAUAUAAUAGAUAAUUGCAGUGGCAUUUACAUUGCGGGACAGUGUGGACCAACGCACGUAUAGCGCUUUAUAUAUUAACAGUGAUUUGAAAUAGUGUUUUUGAAAAUGUUCUGCGAAAUACCAGAAUUUGGGAGAUGCUGUUUCUGCAUGCCCUUGAGGAAAGGGAUAUUAGUGUUUGGCUACUUAAAUCUUCUUUUUUCCGCGUUCAUGGUUGCUGUAUACAGUUAUUCAGUUCACAAUGACGCUGGUAUUUUGCUGGUGUACCACGGCGUGCCUGCAGAGAUGGACGAUAAACUUUGCAUUGCAAUAUUCUGUGUCGAUAUCAUGUUCAACAUCGCGCUGGUGUAUGGAGCCCAUAAGAAAAUAAUGUCGUAUUUGAGAAUAUUCUACUACUAUACAAUCGCCACAAUUGUAGCAGUGGUUUUACUGGAGAUAAUAUCAAUAAUCGAUUCAGGGCGUGUCGAAGCUUUGGAGCUGAUGACGCUAUUUUUCACUGGUUUAUGUAUACAUCUCUACCUCCUGUUCUUGGUGAGGAGUUUACUAAAGAAGAUGGAUAUGUCCGGCCACACGUAUGAGAACCAGCUACACCAAUUCAUCAACGGAGAACCGAAAGUCGAUGUAAACGGUAUAUACCCAAGCACCGUUGUGCCUAUCGAGAGUGUAUUAUUUUCUAUCUUCGUGCUGGCAGUGGAGAUUUACGUCAGCGUAAAACAUGUCUCUGAACACACAAUGGCGCUGUACAAGGGAGUGGCUUUCUACUCGCAAGUCUGGUUUGCGUUCAUCCUCUUCAUAGCUGAGAUACUUUUCAACAUAGUGCUUCUUGUCGGAGCGCAUACGAAAAAGACGCAGCUCCUCCGCGCUUACUACUACUACGGGAUUACAACAACACUGGCAACUCUCGUCACGUUCAUUGUGAUCAGACACAGUGAUCUUUACAGUCACUUCGGUUUUUACAUUUUGGAAGCUUGUUCCGUUCUCACCAGUUUAGGAAUUCAAGUCUAUCUUCUUCUACUGGUGCGGAGUGAGCUGCUUAAGAUACGCCAGACCAGUCGUCUUUGCUAUGUGAACCACGCCUCAGAAAUAAUUAUCGACACUCCAAUACAAACUGGACGAAAUCCGUUUUAAGAUGUACAGAAUUUUCUCUUCC